UUUUUUUUUAUCUUUCAGGUUGGUCCCAAAAAGGAGGUUGCGGAAUGUAAGGAAAAGUUUGCAAGUUCUGUGGAUCCAACAGUUAGUCAAGCUUUUAUGUUAGAUAGAGUAUUCAAUCCUGAAGGAAGGUCAUUGCCGCCUAUGCGAGGAUUCAAAUAUUCCAGCUGGUCACCUUUGGGCUGCGAUGCUAAUGGAAGAUGCUUGCUUGCAGCUUUAACCAUGGACAAUCGAUUAACCAUCCAUGCAAACCUCAACAGACUGCAGUGGGUGCACUUAGUGGACCUGACAGAAGUUUAUGGGGAGCGUUUGUACGAAGCCAGUUACAGACUUUCUAAGGUUGAGGCUCCCAGGGGAGAACUAGGUGACUUUUCUGAAUUUCAGCGACGGCACAGCAUGCAGACACCAGUGCGCAUGGAGUGGUCCGGUAUCUGUACCACUCAGCAGGUUAAACACAACAAUGAAUGCCGGGAUGUUGGUAGCGUGCUCUUAGCGGUACUCUUUGAAAACGGUAACAUUGCAGUGUGGCAGUUUCAGCUUCCUUUUCUGGGUAAGGAAUCAAUUACUUCUUGCAACACCAUAGAGUCUGGAAUAAAUUCCCCAAGUGUCUUGUCUUGGUGGGAAUAUGAACAUAACAACCGAAAAAUGAGCGGACUCAUUGUAGGGAGUGCUUUUGGACCAGUUAAAAUCCUUCCUGUCAAUCUAAAGGCAGUUAAAGGCUACUUUACCCUGAGACAGCCUGUCGUCUUGUGGCAAGAAAUGGACCAGCUGCCAGUGCAGAGUAUCAAAUGUAUUCCUCUUUACCAUCCUUACCAGAAAUGUAGUUGUAGCUUAGUGGUGGCUGCAAGAGGACCUUACGUGUUUUGGUGUCUUCUAUUGAUAUCCAAAGCGGGGUUGAAUGUCCAUAAUUCCCAUGUGACAGGGCUUCAUUCUUUGCCAAUUGUGUCUAUGACUGCAGACAAACAGAAUGGCACAGUAUAUACAUGCUCCAGUGAUGGAAAGGUAAGGCAGCUGAUUCCUAUAUUCACAGAUGUUGCUUUAAAGUUUGAGCACCAGCUGAUUAAGCUCUCAGAAGUGUUUGGCUCUGUAAGGACUCACGGAAUAGCUGUUAGCCCAUGUGGUGCAUACUUAGCAGUUAUUACAACAGAGGGCAUGACUAACGGUCUUCACCCUGUUAACAAAAACUACCAAGUUCAGUUUGUAACCCUUAAAACUUUUGAGGAAGCAGCUGCUCAGCUCUUGGAAUCAUCCGUUCAGAACCUCUUCCGGCAAGUGGACUUGACAGAUCUUGUACGCUGGAAAAUUUUGAAGGAUAAGCAUAUUCCUCAAUUCUUGCAGGAAGCACUGGAUAAAAAGAUUGAGAGCUGUGGUUCUACUUACUUCUGGCGGUUUAAGCUAUUUCUCCUAAGAAUUUUAUACCAGUCAAUGCAGAAGGCUCCCUCAGAGGUCAUGUGGAAACCCUCACAUGAGGAUGCAAAAAUCUUGAUAUCAGAUUCCCCUGGGAUGGGCAGCACUGAAGAUGAUCAAGAGGAAGGAACUUCUAAGCAAGCUAAUAAGCAGAGUCUGUGCGACGCAGGCAAAGGUGUGGACGUAGAUGACACUGCAGAUGAUUCUCUUCUUCAGUCAAGUGACAUAGGAGGCCGUGAACCAAUGGAAGAAAAGCUUCUUGAAAUACAGGCACAAAUUGAGGCAGUAGAAAUGCACUUGACACGAGAACACAUGAAACGAGUACUGGGAGAAGUUUAUCUGCACACAUGGAUUACAGAAAACACCAGUAUUCCCACCAGAGGAGUCUGUGACUUCUUAAUGUCCGAUGAAGGAUAUGAUGACAGAACAGCACGAGUGCUGAUUGGGCAUAUCUUAAAGAAAAUGAACAAACAGACUUUUCCAGAGCACUGCAGCUUGUGUAAAGAGAUUCUGCCAUUCACUGAUCGCAAACAGGCAGUUUGCUCCAAUGGACAUAUCUGGCUCAGGUGCUUUUUAACCUACCAAUCCUGUCAGAGUUUGGUAUACAGAAGGUGUUUGCUUCAUGACAGCAUUGCACGGCAUCCAACCGCAGAAGAUCCUGAAUGGAUCAAGAGGUUAUUGCAAGGACCAUGUACAUUCUGUGACUCUCCUGUGUUCUAGAGAAGAGCUACGUAAAGACUGAAAGUAUUUUCUCCACUGCAUAAACUCCCCUCACUCUAGACAGAUAUAGAGUGUGGGAGUACAUGCUUUGCUGAAGGGAGAAGACAUUGUCCACAACCCUGUAAAUAGAACAUUGGAGGGUCUAGAAAAUCCUUAGUCCAAAGCCCAAUCCAUGUUCCAGAAACAGGAGUACAUCCAGAAGAGCAAGUUCAUACAGUGGUUUGGAAAUGCACCCCAUUGAAGCAUCAGCAGUUGAUUGGACGCGCUUCCUUUUACUGAAAAGGAGCAGGAGUUUGAAGCAUGCAGUCUGAACUGCCCUCUCUGCCUGGCAACUGCAUGAUUUCCUUAAGGCUAGGAUGAGAGCAGUGGAGCUGCCUCUCAAGUAGUCUUGGUGGGUAGAGAAGGCUUCAACUUAUUGUGCUGUUUGUUUGCUUGUUAACAAGCGCUGGCACUUGCUGCAUAAUAUUAAGCUCUGAAAGUAAUUUGUGGUUCUAAUAUUUCUUGCAGAAGAAAGCAUAUGCCAGUUAUAGCCAUAUGAAGUAAAUUGGCCGUUGUACUAGUUUUAACUUAAAGUCUAAAAGAAUGACUCUUCUAUCUCUUAACAGUUCUAACAGUAUCGCAGCCAGAAUACUAACAUUCUGGGUCAACUACGGAUGAGUAAGAAGAAUUUUUAAAUGUAAUAAUUAGCAAUUAGAUUGAACACUAAUAUAUAUAUAUAUAUGUAUGAUUUCCAAUGCUGUUAAGUCUCUUGCCCCACUUUCCUUUUCUGAGCUAAGUUCUAACCACUUCCUAGCUUUUGCUAACAUAUGUACCCUUUGUUUCACCUAAGCCUCUGCCAACAGGAAUCAUCUCUUCCAGUGUAACUCAGUUACCAAAAUAUUACCAAUUUACCUUAUUUCCAAUUUAAUUGAGACUCUCCCUAAUGCUUUACAGAAAUUUGACAUACAAGUAAUUUCCCCCAGCUGACAGUUUCUCUUUUAACAACAACACCACCACAAUAAAAAAUAGAGAUAAAAGAUGUCUUAUCUAAAGUUUCCACAGCUGGGUACAGAGCCUGAUGAAGUUAUUCUUGCAUAAACCUGACUUUAUCAUCAAAGGAUUCAUAGGUAUGCCAGUGAUAUAGCACGGCUGAGCCCAGAAACUUGCUCUGCUUUCUAACCGUCCUAUAGGAAAAACCGUCUUUUUGUCUUUGGCACCCAAUUCAUACGGGGAGUGAGAGAGUCAACUUGCUAUGCAGUGUUAGAGGAAUAAUACCUCCAAAGUGUGUAUGGUUAUUUGGUACAGUUUGUUGUGUUAACUUAAAACCAUGUCCUCAAAUAAUCCAAAGUUUAUAUAUUUGCAUUCUUAGGCAUAUCAGUCUGGACACUCAUGUGUGUUGUCCUGUUUGUGAUUCAUGACACUUCUAAUUGUGUGUGAAGUCCUUUAUAGGUAUUUGAGAAAAAUCAAGGAAUUGUCCUGACAGUAUCAGUCUCCAACAAUGCAUAUGUGGAUUGGUGCUUGUUGCCUUGAUUUAAUGACUAUGCAUAUUUUCCUAAUGUUUCUUCACCUUUAGUAGGAGCAAAUUUUUUCAGCUAACAUUAGAACAAGCUGUCUGUACUGUUCAGUGUUUCAUGCAUUAAGCAUGAUAGUGCUUUGACCGAGAACGACAUUAAUAUAGUAGACUAGAACAGCAUAAGCACAUUCAUCUGUAAAAUAAUUAGUCUUACUUGUAAAUAUCCCUGGAAGUGAUACCAUAAGUGUAUUAAAGAAAUGUUUAGUUUUCUAUUGCUGUGCAUUGAAAAUUUGAAUUGACUUGGGUGUGUCUGCAAAGAGAGAAUCCAUAGAUCACGGUAGCAUCUAGUAAGACGGUCAGAGUACCCUUGUUACCUCAUGGGUGCUGAGUUUGAGGCAGGUACUGUACCUAGGGCAGCAUUUAUGUUCUCCUUACUUCCUGGGGUUGAUUGGGGGUGGGGGAAGAGAUGGAUAUUUAUUUCACUAUGAGCUGAACAGAAGGUUUUUUUCAUGGCAGUAGCAAUACCAUUUUCAGUAGAAACUGCAAGUCCUCACCCAAGCAGUCCUGACCAAUUGGCCAGUAAGUGUUCUGGUUCAAAAAUCCAUCUGAUCAUGGAAGAGGUGAGAGCUUUCCAGAACAUGUAAAUGCUUUAAAAAAAAAAAAAACAAAUAAAAAAAAAAGCCAAAGAUCAUUCCUUUGAUCUUUGCUUAAAGAUCAUAAUAAGAGUCUGCUGAAAUGUUUAAGUCUGGCUGACCAGAACAUUUAAUACAAUAUAAUUAAAUUAUGGCCUCAUGAUUACUUUUAGCAAUUCUCUAACUCCCCUGGAUUGAUUUGAAUGCUUUAGACAUCUAGAAGCUAGUACACAUGCUUUCAGCAUUAAUGUUUAUUUUCCUGUCUUUCAAGGUAGUAGAUACUCAGUAUACCUUUGCCAGUUUAUUUAACCUGAUUUAUGACUGCUGGGAGAAUGGCCAACGAUGCCAACGUUGUCAGCUUUGUCUGCAUGCCAGUGGAGAUCCUUUAGCACAAAGCUUUCACUUCUCACCCUGACCCAUUCACAACGGGUAAAGAAUUAUUGUGUGGUUUUUGUUUUGUUUUGUUUUUAAACCAUCACUGGUCUCUAAGUGUACUUUUAGCUAGUCUGGACUUGACUAGCAUAGCACACCUCAGACCAGACCAGUAAAAUUUAACCUCUCGUGUUGACCAUACUGGAUCUUUCUACCCACCUACCAGCUGAAGCUUCCUUCUCAAGAAGCUUUAUCUGUUUUGGACUCACUGCUUGCAGUUCUAGAAAUGUGGGGUUUAGUCCCAUUCCUGUUAGUGUUUUGUAAUAACCCACAGAGCUGCAGCAGCACCCUGAUGAAUUUUCUCACGUUAUCCCUCAUGUUUGCCUAAUCAAAAUCCUGUUUUCAUGCUGUGUACAGGGAAGGUGAGUGGGUGAAGAAGAUAUGAGCACCAGCAGCCAGAUCCUUGCUCUGUUUUGCUGUUAAGGAAGUUGCCUCCCAAACGAAUACACAGUAGAACUAUCCAAUAUUAAGGCCUGGUCUGUUUUGAGACAGAGUAAAGCAUGCAAAGAAUAAACCCCAUUAAGUCAGAGUUUAUCCCACUUAAGUUUUUGCCUUGUAACUACUGAGGCCAGAUAUCUCAAACAAGUGAAUAGUUUAAGGCUCUCCUCAACUGUUUCACCAUUUGGUUGUAAACACUGAUCAUUUGCAAUGCCUCAUCUCUAAAGGAAGAAUAGUACUCCAGAGAGACUAAGCUGUUCUGGAUGCACUGCUUACAAAUUUUUUAAAGGAUUGUAGUAUUUACUGUUGCAUCUGAGGAUUAAUAGCCACAGACAUUAUAUGUUCUGUGUCUGAAGCCAUUUUCUGUCAUUGUCCUUGAUAAGUAGCAAGUCUUAAAGGUAUCAAAGCUACUUAUACCAAUGAGUUAUCUAUCCUGCUGACCUCAAGCAACUACCACUGGCUGCCGUGUAUAUCAUAAUAUCACGAGUGUUUUUACCAGAAAUGGUUGAAGAUAAGGGUUUUCAAUCUUAACUCACCCUGUCGAACCUCCCAUUUGUCUCGUAGUUUGAGACGAUUGUUAAUGCAGGUUAAUAGAAAGUAUAAUGAGUAAUGUGGAAUAAGAGACCCUAAAAUACCAAUUAAAUAUUGAAUAGCCUUACAUUGCUAAGACUAAUAAAACAAGAGUUUAUCCUUCCUCCACUGGUAUUAAGAAAGCCAAGUUGUUUGAUGGAUUAGCAGAACAGCUCUAGACCAUCCAGAUUUUUAGUGCCUUGGUGCUAGAUGCCAUUGUUUGAACUAAGGUGAAAGUUUAAGAGUCAUGACGAUUCUCUCUUGGGUCUCCAAACUAUUUCUCCUGGUCUGGAAUUGGUGACAGUGGAGCUCAUUGCUGCCUUUUACCUUAAUUCAGCUAUGGGUCAGGGACUUCAUUAUUCAGUUCUUUUGUUUUAUAUGUUCCCCCAUCCUGUUACUCCCACUGCACAUUUCUAAAGGGGAAACAUUAGUAGUUACUAAUGCAUACAUACUAGCAGUAAAUGUUUCCCUGAACGUCUUAAGCUUACUAUGUUUUCCACUGGUUAAUGUAUCAGUUACAGGAAGCCUGACACUAUUCUAUCCUCACUAGGGGUUUCUUGACAUAGGUGUUUGCAUUCAGUUCUUUUAUAGUCCUAGUUAAAGGGUGACAAAUCACACCUGAGUUGUUAUGCCAUAACAUUUACAGGAAAUGUGUUCAUACAAGUUUAAUUUUUCAAAUACAAAGCCCUUUAUUACUGAUCCAGUUUGUGAAACAGCGGACAGCCUUGUAGGCACAAGGCAAGAGUCACAGCUGCCAUCUGUGGGUAUGGCCUCAGAGAGAGCCAGCAGAAGAACCAAUUCUCACUCCUCACAGCCCUCACAUCUGAGCAGGGUUGAUGUGCCUUUGACAACAUCUAAGUUUUGCGUGUGACAGAUAUGCAAGGUCAGUUAGAUGCAUCUAGCAAUAGAUCUUCAAGGGGUAGGUUAAAGGUCACUAUUGUAAUAAGAGGGGGAUAUCUGUCACUUUUCUAAUCUGCUAUUUUGCAUGAACAGGGCUGGGUACGUCAGAGACCACUCCAUGCCUAUUCUUCCUACUAUGAAUCAUGAUAAAGUGCCUGUUUGCGUUUUGCAUUGCAGUUUAUCCUUGCCUUGAGUUUCAACUGUCCGUUCUCUCUGGCACUCACCUGGUAGGUACUUAGUAUUAGGCCAGUACUUAUCAGAAUAUAGAAAACUUCAACAUUUGUUACUGCAGAGCUCUAAUCUAGUUUGUAUUAUUUUUGCAGCUGGAAAUAAGAGCAGUAAGCAGUCUCAGAAGUAUUGUUAGUCACAGCAGAAGUCACAUGUAAAACCAAAAUUUAGGUAUCUAAGUGAACUGGAAGAAAAUGUUUUACAGAAUCUCAGCAAACAAAGGUGAAAUGCUCAAAUGCUCAGUACCGUUUCUCUAUCCUAAUUCCCCUCUUGAAGCAUCUUUGGAAGCUUUCUGCCUCAGUCCUGAACUACACAAAUUACCCUGAUUGAAUUCAAGACAUACUUUCCCCCCCUCUUUUAACAAGACCUGGUUCAAGCCUCUAGUUUACAGCUUCUAGCUGCUAGUUUACAGCCUCACUGUAAAUACUAGGUUGGCAUAGCUGCUUUUUCCCCUCCAUGCAGGUAAAGAAGGACCACUUGAGGUUGGCUUUGUAAAUCUAGAUUCCUGCCCUACCUAUUUGAAGAUGCAGGAGCCUUAACUGAACAAGAGGGAGGAUAGCUUUCUCUUGAAGUCACAAUCCAGGAUCGUUUUUCUGCAGUUCAUAGAAGUUAGCCUGUACGUAUAGCAAAGUCCGCAGAGCGGCUGUCUUCACAUUUAAUGGAAGAGGGCCUUUUCACUUGAAUUACUAUCUAUACUAGUCCUUAGCUGUAUUCAGCUUCAAAUCAUACCACAUAUGUACUAAUAUCUUACAUUGGCAAUGUUCUCAGACCCUUGGUGUCAACGGGAAUAUUUUUAUUCCAUCACCAUUUUUAUUAGCUAACUCAGUUUUUAGCAGUCUUCAUUCAAAAGACCUGGAACUCCUCCUGUUUUGUCAGCUGUAAGCAUGAGCUGCAUAGUGACCUGAGGAGUGUCACAGCUGAACGUCCAUGACUGGAGAGGACCGUUUUCACUGUUGCAAAGCAGCCACCUCUUGGUGGUGCACAGGGUACUUACUAGCAUUAACUACACUACCGUUCAAGACAGAGUGGAGUAAUUCCCUGCACUAUCCUAGGCUUCAGCUGACUCAACCAGCAUAUGAGCAUUGGAGUAGGAGUGUCUUCAUCCCAGGAAGACUUAAGCACUGUUGAAAGCCUACAGCAAGAGUUACAGGGCCAUGCCAGCCCUGCGGCAUUCUUACUUAUCACUAAACUAGGAAGCCAGCCCUGGAAAGGGGAAGCCUGAGAGCCAACCAAAUGGAACUGCUCAGAGAAGAGUAACUUAAUUGCUCCACUAAUCUAAUUGAUCUCUUCAUGCCAUUUUAAUUCCAUUCUGGGGUGUGAGUGUUGUAGCUGGUAGGCCACAUGGUCACCAGGCUGAACGGAAAGCAAAUUUAGGUUUUGGUCUUUAAUUUCUGGAUUUUUCCUUUGAGACUUAGUUCAUGGGAGGGUCUGACAAAGUUGCUGUGAAUACUGAUGCUGUGUAUAUGGCACAUUUUGUAAACGUGAAGCAAACUUGGAUGAAUGUUUUGUAUACUGCGACAGUAGCAUUGUAACCCUGCUCCUUUUUUUAUUCUAAAUAAAUAAAUAAAGUGCUUGUUUGUAA